AUGCCGGGCCGUCUGAUCCCCAACUUUGUUCGGGGCUCUGGCUCUUUGCAUUCGUCGGUUUCGUCGACUCCCAUUCACUCCAACUCCUCUUCUACCACCUCUGUCAAUGAGAUUCACCAUGGCCACAAGAAGCCUGCACAUGGCACACCGGAUCGUGCUCGCUCUCCGGAACGUCGUCUGUCCUUCCACAUGGAUCACUUGAUUCACCCCCACCGAGAUCACAGCAAAGAGAAGCGCCGGAGUAUGGGAAAGUCGGCGCGGUCCAAGGAGCGCCAUGGAAAGGAGGAACUGGCCCCGCCAUCGGCCAAGAUGGAGGUCCUGGUGGAAUCACCCCCCUUGGUCUGCUAUGGAACUCCCGCCACUUCGACCGGUGCCUUAUUCUCCGGCCGCCUGCGCCUUGCCAUCACCGAAGCGAUUGGCCAUGUCACUCUGACCCAAUUUGACGCUCAGCUCAUCUCCAAGACCACUACCAAGAAGCCGGUUUCAAAUCACUGCGCGAACUGUGGAACACGAACCGAGGAGCUGAACAAGUGGAACUUUCUUACCGAGGACCUUUCCCUUAACGCUGGUACUCACGACUUCCCCUUCAGCUACCUGUUCCCCGGACAUGUUCCUGCUUCUUGCAAUGGCUCGCUGGGUCAGAUCGAGUACUACCUGCUGGCCCAUGCCAAGAGCACCACUGGCGAGGAAUUCAACGUCAAGCUGCCCCUGAACGUUCGCCGCGCUCUGAUUCCCGGCAAUGACAAGUCGUCUAUCCGGAUUUUCCCUCCUACCAAUCUCACCGGCCGAAUCGUGCUACCUUCUGUGGUUCACCCCAUCGGUCAAUUCCCCGUCGAGAUGACCUUGAGUGGUGUAGUGGAUAAGGGCGACGAGACUCAGACCCGCUGGCGUUUACGCAAGAUGAUGUGGCGUAUUGAGGAGCACCAGAAGAUUGUGUCCACAGCCUGCCAGAAGCACACUCACAAGAUUGGUGGCGAGGGCAAGGGUGUUCUCCACCAGGAGACUCGCAUCAUCGGCCACAACGAAGAGAAGAGCGGCUGGAAGACAGACUUUGACACCGCUGGCGGUGAAAUUGGCAUGCAAUUCGAAGCCAGCAUCAACCCGACAACCAACCCGGUCUGCGACAUGGAGGCUCCUGGUGGCCUGGAAGUCAAGCACAACCUUGUCAUCGAGCUCAUCGUGGCCGAGGAGUUCUGCCCCAACCGCAACACUCGUCUUAUCACCCCGACUGGUGCCGCUCGUGUUCUCCGCAUGCAGUUUAACCUCAACGUUACCGAGCGCAGUGGCCUGGGUAUUAGCUGGGACGAGGAGAUGCCUCCUGUCUACGAGGAUGUUCCCGCCAGCCCACCCGGCUACUUCAAACUCGAUGAUAACCGCAGUGUUAUCGAGGACUACCAUGGAUCACCGCUCCCGCUGCCUGACUACGAGGACCUGGAGCGACUAGACUCCCUGCGCCUGGACAGUGACUCUACGCACUCCUCCAACCAGUCUACUCGUGGCCAUGUGCGGUUCACAUUAGAUGACCUCACCACCGACAACUCCCCAGGUCCCUCUGCUCCUGCCUCUCGGGCUCCAUCAAUCGCUCCGUCGAUUGAUUCCUCCCGCCAAUAA